UUGGUCACGCAACUCUAACAACAGGAGGUGUGUGGUCUGUUUAGUGGCGACACCACACUGUUACGUCCGAGGAAUGGGCAGAGAGGGGGUGGUGUUUGUUGUGCGGACUUUUCUCGGUGAGACUGCCUCUACGUACGUUUUGUUGUGCACAUUCAUUCAAGCAAAUGUGACCGGGUCGUCUGCAUAUCAUUUCAGUUUGGCUGAAAGACACACAUGGUCUCCCUGUAUUACCAACUCUGUUGAUGACAUCCACUUUGACCGCAGUAUAGGAGUCGGACAGGUUGUCAACAUCAAAGCGAAAGUCAACAGAGCCUUCACAUCCAGUAUGGAGGUGGGCAUCGCAGUGAGCUGUGAGGACCCGUUCAGUAACUGCCAGUGGAACGUCGCAAUGCCACCUUUUGUGGUGUGACGCACUGAGGCGGGGAAGAUGCAGGUGACUCAGGGGACGCAGACAGAGCAGAUGGAGUACAGCAUCGCGGCAGAGAGGAGGAUGAGACUGAUCCCCGCUGAGAUCAUCACAGACCUACUGAGCAGCAGCACCGCUCAACUAGGUACAGGCCAAACAGGAAGCAUUGGAACUAAGGAGUACAAGGACGCAGUGCCAGCCGAGCGGACGCAGGUAGAGAGCGUGGCGCUGGUGCUGCCGCCCCAUGCCAACCACCAGGUCAGCACCGUGGGCGGGCAGAUCCAUGGCCUGGAUGGAGAACGUGGCCACCAUCGCAGCCCAUUGAGUCCUAUUAUAUCUAUCUCCUACUACAACCAGGCCACACCGGGAGUCCUCCAUUAUAUCUCCAACGACAUCGCAGGCCCUUCUUCCAGCGUCUACGGCACCUUUUACUCCUGCAGCAAGUACCGAGAGGAGAACAGAGACAGCCUAGCCACCCUGCCCCCUUCUGACCUGUGA